AUGAAUUUGAGGCAUCUCAACCUUUCUCAUUCUUUCUUUGAAGGGGAAAUCCCAACAGAAAUAUCAUACCUUUCCUAUUUGGUUUCACUUGGACUUAAUUGUUAUGAAUGUGAACUUGAUGAGAGAACAUUUGAAACAAUUCUUCAAAACUUGACAAAUCUGGAGGUACUAUCUCUCUUUCUUGUCAACAUCUCAUCUCCGAUACCUGUGAAUAUUUCUUCGUCCUCGUUAAGGUACGUGAAUCUUGUAAAUACUAAUCUGCGAGGUGUUAUCACAGAGAGCUUUUUCCUUCUGCCAAACUUGGAAAGGCUCUAUUUGAGUUGGAAUGAUCUUCUCAAAGGAGUUUUACCAAAGAUCCACCCGAGCAACACUCUGUUGGAGUUGGAUAUUUCCAACACAGGAAUCUCUGGUGAGCUGCCUGAUUCAAUUGGCACCUUCAGUUCCUUGAAUUUCUUAGACCUCCAAGGAUGUCAAUUCUCUGGUUCCAUUCCUGAUUCCAUUGGCAAUCUUACACAAAUUAGGUUUUUGGAUUUCGGUAAUAAUCAUUUCACCGGCCAUAUUCCUUCCACAAUCUCUAAAUUGAAGCAGCUCACAUUUCUACGUCUUUCGUCCAACUCCUUUUCAGGUGAAAUUCCCGAUAUUUUUUCUAACCUCCAAGAGCUACGUUAUUUACAUCUUCGUGACAACAGCUUCAUCGGUUCGUUUCCUUCUACAAUUGUAAGCAUGCUUCAAAAGCUAACCCACCUGGAUCUGUCGCACAACUCACUGAAUGGUACCAUACCAUCUUCGGUGUUUGGCCUCCCUUUGCUAGGUAUGUUGUGGCUCGAUAAUAAUCGAUUUAGUGGACUACCCAAUGAGCUCAAAACAAACCCAACAUUAGAAAUCCUGGGUUUAAGCCAUAAUCAACUCAGUGGUUCUUUUCCUCAAUCACUUUCGAAUCUCACAAACCUUUAUACCCUUGACCUUUCAUCAAAUAACAUCACCGUCGAUGUGGGAAAACAAAUCACUUUUCCUAGACUAGUAGAUUUGCGGUUAUCAUCUUGUGAACUGAAGGAUAUUCCACACUUCUUGACAAAUGUAAAGGAACUUCUGAUCUUGGAUAUUUCUAACAAUAAGAUUCGUGGCCAAAUCCCAAACUGGUUUAGCGGCAUAAGGUGGGACAGCUUGUACUACCGAAUCUUUCGCAUAAUUCUUUAA